GACAGAGGGAGGGAGGGAGGGGCUCCAGCAUCGCUCUCUCCUGCAACCAUCUCACAGCCGCGGCUUUACGCGCAGCAUGAAGAUGCCGAGGAGAGGAUGCUGCUCGGCGGCAGGAGACGGCGAUGAGGGGCGCAGUCGGCUGCCGCCGGUCAGGAAUCCCUUUGUACACGAAAUCCGCUUGUCGGCGCCGCAGAAGGCGAAGAUAGCUGUUAUGACAGUGACUCUGUUCCCAAUUCGUCUUCUGCUAGCUGCUUUCAUGAUGUUGCUGGCUUGGCCAAUUGCAUUCCUUGCUGCAUGGGGACGUAUUGAAAAAGAACCCGAUAAACCUACAAAUUUGUGGAAAAAGACAUUGGAUUUUUUGCUGAAAGUGAUAAUGAGAGCUAUGUGGUUUGCGGGUGGCUUUCAUUGGAUGAGUAUAAAGGGACGUCGUGCAUUGCCAACAGAAGCACCAAUAAUUACUUUAGCACCACAUUCUUCAUAUUUUGAUGCUAUUCCGGUUACCAUGACCAUGGCUUCCAUUGUAAUGAAGGCAGAAAGCAAAGACAUCCCUAUAUGGGGAACUUUGAUAAAGUACAUUCAGCCAGUCUUGGUGUCUCGAUCAGACCAGCAUUCGCGCCGAAAAACAGUAGAAGAAAUAAAACAGAGAGCUCUGUCUAAUGGCAGAUGGCCCCAGGUCAUGAUUUUCCCGGAGGGUACAUGUACCAACAGAUCGUGUUUGAUCACCUUCAAACCUGGGGCCUUUAUUCCUGGAGUUCCCGUGCAGCCUGUAAUCUUGCGUUAUCCCAACAAAAUGGAUACAAUCACUUGGACCUGGCAAGGACCUGGAGCGUUAAAAAUCCUUUGGCUCACCUUAUGCCAACUACAUAAUAAUGUGGAGAUGGAGUUUCUGCCAGUUUAUACACCCUCUGAGGAAGAAAGGAAGAAUCCCAUUUUGUAUGCAAACAACGUCAGGAGGUUAAUGGCAAAUGCUCUUGGUGUUCCUGUGACUGACUAUACUUUUGAAGAUUGUCAGAUUGUAAUGUCCGAGAGUCAACUGAAACUUCCGCUGUAUACCUGUCUGCUAGAAUUUGCAAAGCUUGUCAGAAAACUCAAUUUAAAGCCUAAACAAGUUGAAAAAGAACUGGAUGAACUUGCAGAGAGUGCCAAAAGAGAGAGAGGAAAACGAAUAACUCUGGAGAUAUUCGCUGAUUAUUUGAAGCUGCCAAUCACUGAUGCAUUAACAGAUAUCUUUGCACUUUUUGAUGAGAUUAAAGAUGGAACAAUUGAUUUUAGAGAGUAUGUGAUUGCCUUGUCAGUAAUAUCAAGACCAUCUAACACGCUUGAAACUAUUAAGCUAUCAAUUAAGAUGUACGCAUCAGCUGAACAAACAAUUGAUGACAAUGAUCUUGCAUGCAUUCUGAAGACUGCCUUGGGAGUUAAUAAGCUUGAUGUAUCAAACUUAUUUGAAGCCAUUGAUAUUACUCGGAGAGGAAAGAUUAGUUAUAUGGACUUCUACAAGUUUUCAUGUUGGAAUCCUGAUUAUGCUGAAGAUUAUCUUUAUCCAGACCAGAAGAUGGAUUUCAUAGACAGCAUGGAAAAUCAAUUUGCUCCGACUGUUAAUGGAUUUUGCACAGACUUCUCGCCCGAGGACCAAGAAGGGGAGAAAGAAGAAAGUAUCUUGGAAAAAAAGCUUAACUAACUCCGUAGCGAUGAACCUUCUCCUGGUGAGAAGUUAGACCUAUUGGGGAUCCAUUCAUUACUUCUAUUAACUUGACUAAAUGUCUUUUCCUAUAUGAGCCUACUGCCAUUUUUUCUGUAUUUAUCAUCUCUCCAAUGUAAUAUUUGUUGAACUUGGAGACGGUGAGUUUGAAAGAAAAUUUAACAUCAGAACCAUGAUUGUGAAGAUGCUUAUUAUUUUUCCCUGUACUUGAAGGAAAUCAAGCACUUAUUCAGUUGAAUUUUCAUGUCUAUGGUAUGUGUUAUGGUGACUAUGCAUGUUUAAAACUUGUACCUACAGUUUUUAUCCAUUUAUUGUCUUCUUAUUUUGUCUAUGCUUAAUUUUAUUGCAGUUUAUGAAAAAAAUGUUUGCAGAGGAAGGGAUAUUGGUGUUUUUCUGCAAUUGUUACAAUAUAACAAAUCUUUGGUGUGGUGCAUUCCAUUCCGUAAUGUGCUAGCUUGGGGUAUUGUUAAAUACUUAAAAAUAUUAAGUAUCAUCACUGUUUCCCUGCUCUUGCUGUCAAGACUAGAAUGAAAAUAUUCUAAUGUAAAUGCAGUAAAAAGAACAUAACUGUAAGGAAAUCAAUUGAUAUUCAGAUUAACAUUUGAAUACUGUACUGGAUAUAAACAUGGUACCAGCAGGUAUUCCUUCACAGUUGCAUAGGAAUUCUAUUGAAAGGUUUGUUACUAUGUUAAAUGUAACCAUAUGAUGGAAUAUACUUGAGGGAUAUUGUUCCAUAUAAUUCAUUUGAUUGACUAUUUUGAACAGGGAAUCACGUGGAUUUUGUUGAUCUGGUAACAAAGCAUGUUAUGUUGUCUGAUGUGUGUAAAUAACCGAAAAGAACAAGAAAAUUAGUGUUACAAUGGACCAAUAAGGACAUGGCCAUACAAUAUAAACUAGAUGUCAAUAUUUUGAAUGUGAACUAAACAGUUAUGCAUUGUAUGUGACAGUAGCCAAGGAGUGGGCAAAUUUAUUUGUCUGGUUCCAAAACACAAUGAAAUAAUCAUCUUAUGAAAACCAUGGAUUUAACAAGAUGCAUCGUACAUUUGCAUUCCAAACUGCCUUUAUGGCUUCUUAACUACUUAAUAUCAAGUCUACUCUUUUUUAUAAAUUUAUAUCUUGGGAAUAAAUGGGAAACAAUUAAAUUGGUUAUGGUUUAUAAGAAUUGUAUGAUUUUGAAGCUACAGAUACAAAAUUGAAGGUUUUUUUAAAUGUGAAAUAAACUGACUAUUUAAAGAAAUAGAAUAUGAUGACCAGCUGAAAAUAUAUAAUCUGAUCAGGGCUGCUUUAUUCUGUAGGCAAGAGGCUGCUAGAAUUUACCAAAAACAGAACAUUGGAAAGACUCGGUGGAUCAAUCCGCAUCUAUGGAGACAAGACAACGAGUGCAGGUCACUGUCGGUUCUGGUGCAGGAUCUCAAUUCAACAUCAGCUUGCACCUUUUGCCUUGCCUCUACAGAUGCUGAUUGACCCGCUCUAUUCUUCCAGCAUGCUGUUUUUGUUCUGAUCCUGCUACAAUAAAAGCACUGCAGUAUUUCCCUGAUUUUGCAAUGUCUAUACAUAAUAGUUAAUUUCUGAGAAUUUAUUAUCCAACGAUGAUUUUCAAGCUACAAAUUACAGUCACUGAUGUUAGUAGCUGGUGAUGCCACAUGAAAAGCAAUUUAGAUUCUUUGGAAUAAAUUCUACUUGCAAGAUAUUCCACUGGUUAUUGGCAUGUCCUGAGCAUUGAAUCUCCUACGCAUCUUAACAAAAAUGUGGAUCAAAUGAUUUCCCUCUGACGUGAAAUAAUUCUCUGGAAAGCACCUUGCUGAUGUGGCUGAAUACAGUGAUCAGGUCAGCAUUGCUCCGAUGCACCCUCUUUGAACUGUGGUGGUAGAACCUUGUCACAAGCAGUCAGUUCUACAUUUACCAAUUAUUAUAAAUUCGUCAACGAUGAAAGCCAGUUCUGCAGAAGACGCGAGGGAAAGAAGGGUAAACAGUUAUUUCUUGCAGGAUAGAAGCUUUUCCCAUUUUAAGUGUUUGGCAGUUUUUUUUCUCAAGUUUGUCAAGUAUUGUUUGGUGCCAAGUAUUCAGGUUGUUGCAAUGAAAAGUGAAAUUUGUUUUAAUUUGGUUUCUGAUCAAAGUUCAAGAUUAUUGCACUUUGCUCCAUAUAGGAUACAUUUUAAUCAUCCACUCCCAUUACUUUCAGCACAGAAUAAAUGCCUGUAAACUCGGCCACCUUUUUUUUCUGCCCUCUCCAUUCUACAUGAUUUCAAGGGGAUCUUUACAUGGUUUUAAAUAUUAUUGCUGUUUUAGGAUGAGCUUAUAUCUUUUGCCUUUUCCUCAAAAUAUCAAUAUAAUUUAUAUCCCACCUUGAUGAAUAAUGGCAUAUGAUUACAAAAAUGGCUUUGUUGAUAAAUGGGUCACCUGUUGCUUGAGUUGACGCCUUGAAGUCUUAAGUUCCCACAAUUCAAUAUUAAAGAAAAGUAGACUGAUGCUGAGUAAGAACAGUUAAUGGGGGAAAAAAUGGUGAAGCAGGUUGAGAGAUUAUCGAUUUGUAUUCUUGGGUAAAUUUACAAAGGAACAGUAGUCUCGCUGUUUUUACAGUCAAUAUUAUAGCACAUCUUGUGAAUUGAUGUUGGAUGAUAUGAAACAUUUAUUGAUGAGCAUCCUGCAGUAUUAAAUCAAGGUUUGUCAGAAUCAGGAGAAUAGUUAAACUUACAGGAGUGGGGUGGGAGAUGCAAGGGUGAUAAAUUUGUGAUUUAUUGUGAUAACAUUAAUGUAGAAUCCUACUGAAAAUGUACAUUGGCACUGCCAUAUAUAAUCAACUUGUGAUUUCAGAAUUAUUUAAUGAUUUUUAGUGUUAUAUACAGAUGAAUCCUUUGGUGAAGCAAAUUAAUGUUUUUAAACAUUGGUACUGUAUGCAUUUGAUGUUGAGCUGAGUGUCUUCUCAAUCAAGUUUGACAUUUUGGAAACAAUACAAUCCAGCUCUAUGUGCUGAGCCUCAUUGAGGAUACAAUGGGAAGAGUUUUGAUUGUCAACAUGUGGACAAUUCCAGAUGAACCAUGAAUUUACAGUUUAUUGUGCUUUGAAAGGUAAUGUACUUUUUCUGAGGAUUUUUCAAUUUAUUUUGUAUGUAUAUCCAACUGAAUAUCCAGUUGUCCUUUUAUAAACUUCAGUGAAGGUUGAUGGUCACAUGAUUUUAAACCUGAGAACUGUACAGUUUCACUGCAAUGAGAAUGAAUGUUAGUAAUCUCGCGAUGCAAGUGACGUUCAGAAAAAAUCCUGUGAAGAUUAGACAUUACUUAUUGGCAUGAAGUUUCUGUGCGAUUUACAGUCAACAACCUAUCAUGAUUAGAAUUAUGAUCAUAGGUUUUGGGAGUUAAUUUAUUUCUUUGAAAUAACUUUUCUACCAUUGUGAAUCAUGUAAACAUCUCUGGUUGCUGCAUUUUAAUUGUGGAUCAGGUAAUUGCAUAAUCUGAAAUAAUACAAUAUGAGAAGUAAUACUUUUAAUCAUGUAACUCCAUUAUCACUCAUGGUUUAUAUUGACUUUUGCAAUCUAUAAUGCUUGUUUUCUUUGAGAGAAAUACCUCAGUAGGCACACUGUUAUGUGUUCUUGGUUGUCUUUGAAAGAAUCCAUGAAAUUGUGCAGAAGGCUGCUUAUUUUUUUUACUGCUGUAUUUUGUAUUCACCUUGAACAUAUUAUGACAUUACUUUGUUAUUGCUUCAUAAUAGGUUAUAUGUGGAAAUAUGUUGCAAUAACUGACAUUAUUUUCCUGAGUUUAACCUGUACAUAAAAAGAUUACUGCUCAAACUUGCAUUGGAUUUUGUGUUUCACAGUGAAAUUAUUUGGUUUGUCUGUGAGUCAAGAAUAAAUGGAUCAAAUAGUG